GGGAGAGCACUGCGCAUGCGCGCCAUCGCGAGACAGUCCCGCCGCUCAUCCGGGGGGGGGCCCUCGCGCAGGCGCAGUAGACCCCCAGCGGCAACCCGGAAGGGCUCCUUUGGCCCACAAUCCACUGCGCGCUCCUUUCCGGCCUGCGCCCGGGCAGGUGUUGCUCAAAUGGCUCCUGCAAAGAAAGGUGGUGAGAAGAAGAAGGGACGAUCUGCCAUCAAUGAGGUGGUAACUAGGGAAUAUACGAUUAACAUUCACAAACGGAUCCAUGGAGUGGGCUUCAAGAAACGAGCACCACGUGCUCUCAAAGAGAUCCGAAAAUUUGCUAUGAAGGAGAUGGGUACUCCUGAUGUUCGCAUCGACACCAGAUUGAACAAAGCAGUCUGGGCUAAAGGAAUAAGGAAUGUUCCUUACCGAAUCCGUGUGCGUUUGUCCAGAAAACGCAAUGAGGAUGAAGAUUCACCAAACAAGCUGUACACUCUGGUUACCUAUGUACCAGUCACAACCUUCAAAGGUCUACAGACAGUCAAUGUGGAUGAAAAUUAAACUUGAAUUUCAUUACAAUAAAACUGUAAAAACAA